GCACUUCAUCCGCAAAUCAUUCGCACUUCAUCCGCAAAUCAUUCGCACUUUAUCCUCAAAUCAUUCGCACUUCAUCCGCAAAUCAUUCGCACUUCAUCCUCAAAUCAUUCGCACUUCAUCCUCAAAUCAUUCGCACUUCAUCCUCAAAUCAUUCGCACUUCAUCCCACUUAUUGCUCUUCUGAAUCCCUUAAAGGUCCGCCUUUCAACAUGGAUUCUCAGCCGGUGUUCAGCCCAGCCUGUCCUAUACCAUACAUUCUCCAACCUGCAGAAAGAAUUCAACAACUAAAAGACUUUCUUCAAACUGAGUUCGGUCAAGUACAGCGCGUUAACGUGGAAGCUCUCAUCAAGCUCUAUGAGAGUGGUGAACUCGGGCCACGCAAACUCGGAGAUGCCCCGGUUUACCUCGUGAAUGGUAAACGGGUGGAGAAGAACCCGUGGGAGGACGAGUCAGUGGCUCCGGGUGAGAUCAAGUGGUGCGAGAAUAUGUACCAUCAAUUCACGCAGCAGUGUGGACCUCAGCCUCAACAAAUGGUCCAAUCUGUCUCAGAUUCGUUUCCUUAUAAUCCGACCUUCAAUAUGCACCAAGUUCAUGCACGGAUUAGGUUACCUCCGCAGUACGGCGGCGACCCACGCUUGACACGGCCUUUCUUAGUCUGUAAUGACACCGGAAGCAAUGUUCUCACAGUCUUCACUUCAGACCUUGCAGUACUCAACUUCAAUCCAACACUACAUGCCGGAGUUAUACAAGGUACCACAUUCAUAACAACCGCAUCCAUAACAACUGCAAGUGGUCAGGUACCUGAGCCUCUUAUAUUUGUUGACAUGCAAAUUCUUACUUCUGCAUUUGUGGAACUCACUCCCUGGUUUCGCGAGACGGCUGUUGUGAAGCCAGAUACUCCGGGAGUCGCGCGCCUCUCAGGUGCAGCAAUGCGCAAUCAUUUGUUCUUUGCUACAGCACCUGGCAAUGCCCGUCUUUAUGUCGCACAGAAGAAGGCUGGGAUUAUCCGAGACCUCCCUGCUUGAGUCUUUACAUGUGGAUGUUGUAAGGGCUAGGUGGAUAGAUAAGAUCAGAUCCGGCCACUUUCGGUACAUAGCCAGGCUAGACGCCAACUGUUGUUGAAGGCCGGAAAAAUUCAGAAAUUUGUUAUCCCC